UCGCAUUUCCUACAUGUAACCUGCAUGAUAUAUGAUUUGAUGCUCCAGGUAUACUUUUGGAGCCUUCCCAGCUGUGCAGGAAAUCAGUUAAGGAAUGUGAGCCGUAAACUUGAAGCUGAUCUACAGAGCAGCAAGAAGCGGCUUCAAGAACUAACUGAUCAGCGUCAGACACUAAAGAAGGGACGAGAGGAAUCUGAUGAACGAGAGGAAGCACUAAGUGAACUGAAAGCAAUCGAACAAAAGCACAAUGAGCUGAAGGAUGAGAUGAAGCAGUAUGCAGACAAUGAUCCAGCUGCCUUUGAAGCAAAGAAGGAAGCAAUAGCGGUUGCCCAUGCUGCAGCUAACCGAUGGACAGAUAACAUUUUUACGCUGCGGCAGUGGUGCUCAAACAAUUUUCCAGAAGCCAAAGAACAGUUAGAACACAUGUACAAGGAGAUUGGGAUAACUGAGGAUUUCGAGUAUUUGGAACUGCCAUCUGCUGGUUGA